UAGAGUCAGUCGAGAAGUCGAGAAGACAAGGGGCAACGAAAAGAAGCACGAGGAAGAGUAUCUCGUAUCAAGUGAAUUAUGUGAGAGAACAAGAAAGUUAAACCCAAUGAAAGAGAUGACCUAUCAACGAGUUGUUAUCUUUCCUAGAACUGGCUCAUAGAAGAGUAAAAAGUAAAUAAGAGAGAAAAGGAGACAUUUAGCUAAAAUGACAGUUCCUGAUAGUAUAGAUGUGAAGCAGCAGACCGAUUCUGAUAUAACUGACCUUCUUACGAAGACGGAACAAUGUAAUAACAAUGAUCUACAGGGUGAUUUAUUAAACGAUGAGGACUCGCAUGUACCGGGUAUAUCGAUUCCAAAUAUAAGCACAGAAGUACCAAAAAUGUAUGAUACUUUAGAUGGAAAUAAGUCUAUGAAAGCAUCAAAGGACGGGAUCAUCGAAAUUACUUCGUCAAACAUACCCUUUACUCCACCGGAUGGAGGAAUAAGAGCUUGGAUGAUUCUAUUAAGCAGUUUUUUAAUUAAUGGGAUUCUCUUCAGCAUUAUUAAUACAUAUUCUCUUAUCCACAUGGAAUUACAAAAGAAAUUAAAGGAUGCUGGUGACACCGAAGCAUCUUAUAAAGCAGCAAUGGUGGGUUCUGUUACCAUUGGAACAACAUUUUUGUUAUCUCCAGUAUCUGGAGUUCUUACGGACAAAUUUGGAAUACAAGCUACAACAUUUAUAGGAGGUGCCAUUGCCUCCAGUGGUCUGUUUUUAUCAUCUAUAGUUUCUGACAAGAUUGAAGCGCUCUGUUUUACAUAUGGACUUAUGUAUGGACUUGGAGCAAGCUUAUCAUAUACACCAAGUUUGGUAAUUUUGGGGCAUUAUUUCAAACGUUACCUAGGUCUAGUUAAUGGUAUCGUGACAACAGGAAGUUCGAUCUUCACGGUCUUAAUUCCAUAUUUAAUUGAAUAUCUACUACGAAAUUUUGGACUGAAUGGAACACUUAAGAGUUUAGCUGCUCUUACAGCAACUAUAAUGCUUUGUGCCAUUCUUUUCAAACCUUUACAAGGACAUUCUACCAUGGAAUGUAAUGACAAAUCAAAUAUACAAUCAACAUGGAAGAAGAUCAUUAAUGUGUCGAUUUUGAAAAAUAAACAAUACUUAGUCUGGGCAAUCGUGACUCCUUUGGCACUAUUUGGUUACUUCGUUCCAUAUGUACACAUGGGAGCAUUCAUUGAGAGUAAUUUUAAAAAUGCUGACAGAAAGCUUCCUGUGAUGUGUAUUGGCAUUACCUCGGGUAUCGGACGACUUGCAUUCGGUUACAUAGCAGACUUGCCAAAAGUCAACAGAAUAUUUCUGCAGCAGAUUUCAUUCCUAAGCAUUGGAGUGCUGACAAUACUUCUACCUGCAACAAGCUCGUUUAAGGUUUUACUAGUUAUUUGUCUGUGCAUGGGCCUGUUCGAUGGGUGUUUCAUAUCUCUGUUGGGUCCAAUUGCAUUUGACGUUUGUGGUCAUAAGGAUGCUACACAAGCUAUUGGGUUUCUAUUAGGAAUGUGUUCGAUACCUCUAACUGUUGGCCCACCGAUAGCUGGAAGUCUUUAUGAUCACCUUGGCUCUUACAGUCUACCAUUCAUAUUAGCUGGAAUUCCGCCAAUAGCAGGAGCUUUGGCUAUGUUCCUCAUAAAAUGUUUUAAAGAACCCAGAGUACGAGACACAAACGAUCCUGUAGACGAAUCUGCCACUAAUUUAGCUUGGGAAAGUAACCGGUAAAAGUACUCGCUGCACCCUCUAAAGACAGUUAACAUAUUUUUAUAAUAUCCGACUUUACGUUUGAUUGCCUCGUGACCUUAUUACUUGCAUUUACAUAUUCUUUUCUUUUUUCUUACUCCUUAUAUACUAUAUUUUUUUCUUUAUUAAAAAUAUCAUAGAUUCGGUUUAUACCUAUAAUAUUUAGGACCGAAUAGAUAUCAAACUUAGGUCGGACAUACCGGCACGAAGGAAACUUGACACUGCAUAUUUAGAUAGUUUAAUGUUUCGUAGAAGCAAAUUAAUUGCAUGAUGUUUUAAAUCACAGUGUUCGUUAACGUCGUAGAACUAGGGAAGAGAAGUCGUUUACGAUUUAUAUGUCAUUUGCUCGGAAAGCACAACAGAAUAAUAGAGUUAACUUUAACGGAUAAUCAAAAAUGAAAGCCACGUAUGAAACUUAAGCACCUCACGAUCACUGUAUCUCGGAAUGCCGCUUUGUAAUUUUAUCCGGCAUUUAACGUACAUAAUCGAUCCCGUUUUAGCGAGGCCAGGUUGCAUUUAUUCUACUGAGAUUUUUACUUUUCUGCAUUUAAUAUCUUAGAAAUUGACACUACGUCCUGUAGAAGGUUUGGCAUAAGACUUUGUGUUUUUCUAUUUGCCCAAGGUAACAUCUUACACCCUUACAGAUUCCUAUAAGAGGCAUUUACUGUAUGUGAAAUCUAAGAAGAUUAUUAGUACAUGUGAUGUUCCUAAUAUUAGAUUUAAUAGUAAAAUGUAAUCGGCUGGUGGGAUAACUCCUGGUCUUUCACAAUACCAUAGGGUACACUUUUUAUUAGGGAUUGGAUUGCUCAACAAACGUAUUUAAACGUUUACUCAAUAGUUAUGCCAUCGACUAAUACAUUGUGUCAAAGGCAUUCUCAAUUGGAAUUAACCCUGGAAUUCUGGUUCCUAUGUCCAAUUAAAAGUGCAAUGUGUAAAAGAUGAAACGCCAUGAUCUUCGCUCGGAGUCGACAGGCUUUUUUGCGAGCUCUUGCGAAAAAUAUAUACCUACAUGCAAAUCAAGCGAGGAUGCACCGUUGUAGGAUUGGAUCCACAGUACAAUUUUCGCCUUAGCUCCAAAAAAGAGGGACACGCGUAGAGCAAUAAAGAGAAUGUGAUGCUUAUUUAAUGGUCAGGUUUUGACUAUAGAAAAAUUCAACUAAUGUUAACGCUGUUAAGGGUAAUUCUGGAGAGAGUGUUGUAUUUUAUUAUGUAUUUCCAUUAAUAUCUUGAAUAGAAAAUGUAAUAAAUAUAUUUUAUAACAGUUA